CGCGGGGGGGCGGGGCCUCAGUGUCCCACCUGGAGUGACUGACAGCGAGGCAGAGCUGUGCGAGCGGCCCCGAGUCCCUGGUCAGAAGCACUGACGGACAGACAGAGCUGUGGCAGGAGGCGGGUUAGAUUUUCUUUCUGUGGAUUAAUACCAACAUUUCCCGUUGGUGAUACCACCGGCAGUGGCUGCUCCAGCUGUACAUUCGUGCCAAUCGUCGUGAGUGACCUUAGGUCCAGUGCUCAGAGAGCGGGUUGUCCAGUAACGGGACGACUGAGCUCGCAGAGGAAGGAAGAGGAAAGGAGAGACCCAACGACCCGAAACACACACCGGGACCGGCACCGGCACCGGCACAGCAGCCGGGUCGCAUGGCGUCUAGCAAGCCGAGCCCGAGGCAGCGCGGCCAGAGGGCAAGGGAGCAGCUGCCCUGUUACUACGAGGGUUUCGUGGAGAAGAGAGCGCAGGGCGAGAAGACAAAUCGGCGGUUCUGGACCUGCCUGUGUGGAGACACACUCUUUUUCUACAACAACUCCAAGGACAGCACAUACGUGGAGAAGCUGGAGCUCAGCGGCUUCGUCUCUCUGACAGACGACAGCAGCCGAGACAAGAACCUGGAGGCUGGGCGGCUCAGCCUGCGCAUGAGAGAUGGGGAGAUUAAACUGACGGUGCCCAGUCUGGAGGCUCGCGAGCUGUGGAAGGGAUUCAUCCACUCAGUUGUGAAGGUCAGUGAAAAACCUCUUUAUGUCUAA